GCCGCCCCCUCCCGCCGCCCUGCCCUCCGCGGCCUUGCGCCUGCCGCCGCCGCUGCCACCGCCGGACAGCCGCUGCCGGACAGCCGCCGGAGGAUGCGACGCAGCGCAGCUCAGGACGAGGUUUGACAUUGACGACGAAACGGUAUGAAAUCGGACGUUCUGACAGGAAUCAUUUCCAGUGCUCUAAGAAUCAAAGCCAUCUAGGCUGGAUGGAAUUUAGCAUCAGAAAAAGUCCUCUUUCUGUUCAGAAAGUUGUAAAGUGCAUGAAGAUGAAGCAGGCACCAGAAAUCCUUGGCAAUGCAAAUGGAAAGACUCAGAACUGUGAAGUGAAUCACGAAUGUUCUGUAUUCAUCAGCAAAGCUCAACUUUCUAACAGCCUGCAGGAGGGGGUCAUGCAGAAAUUUAAUGGACAUGAUGCACUCCCCUUUCUUCCAGCUGAGAAGUUGAAAGAUCUUACUUCCCGAGUGUUUAAUGGAGAACCUGGUGCUCAUGAUGCUAAAUUGUGUUUUGAGUCCCAGGAAGUGAAAGGAAUUGGGACACCUCCCAAUACUACCCCUAUCAAAAAUGGCUCUCCAGAAAUUAAACUGAAAAUCACCAAAACAUACAUGAAUGGGAAACCGCUCUUUGAAUCUUCAAUUUGUGGUGACAGUGCUGCUGACGUGGCUCAGUCAGAAGAAAACGGACAAAAAUCGGAUAAGACUAGGAGGAACAGGAAGAGGAGCAUAAAAUAUGACUCUUUACUGGAGCAGGGCCUUGUGGAAGCUGCUUUAGUGUCCAAGAUUUCAAGUCCUGCAGAUAAAAAGAUUCCAGCUAAGAAGGAGUCCUGUCCAAAUACUGGCAAAGACAGAGACCUCUUGUUGAAAUACAGCGUAGGUGAUUUGGUAUGGUCCAAAGUGUCAGGUUACCCUUGGUGGCCUUGCAUGGUUUCUGCUGAUCCGCUGCUUCACAACCAUACCAAACUUAAAGGUCAGAAAAAAAGUGCACGCCAAUAUCAUGUACAGUUCUUUGGUGAUGCCCCAGAAAGAGCUUGGAUAUUUGAGAAGAGCCUUGUUGCUUUUGAAGGAGAAGAACAAUUUGAAAAAUUAUGCCAAGAAAGUGCCAAGCAGGCACCCACGAAAGCUGAGAAAAUCAAGUUGUUAAAACCUAUUUCAGGGAGAUUGAGAGCCCAGUGGGAAAUGGGCAUUGUCCAAGCUGAGGAAGCUGCUAGCAUGUCAGUAGAGGAACGGAAAGCCAAAUUCACCUUCCUCUAUGUGGGGGACCAGCUACACCUCAACCCUCAAGUGGCCAAGGAGGCUGGCAUUGCUACAGAACCUUUGGGAGAAAUGGUGGACUCUUCAAGGGCCAGUGAAGAAGCUGCUGUAGACCCUGGAUCGAUGAGAGAAGAGGAUAUUCCCAUGAAGAGAAGGCGAAGAGCCAAAAGGUCUAGUUCUGUUGAGAACCAAGAGAGUGACCCUGGCACAGAAAAGAGUACUGCUCCAAAGAUGGCAGAGGCUGAACCUAAGAGAGGAGUCGGAUCUCCUCCUGGGAGGAAGAAGUCUACAGCGUCUGCUCCACGGAGCAGGAAGGGAGACUCAGCGUCCCAGUUUUUAGUCUUCUGUCAAAAACACAGGGAUGAGGUUGUAGCUGAACACCCAGAUGCCUCGGGGGAGGAAAUUGAAGAAUUGCUUGGGUCCCAGUGGAACAUGCUAAACGAAAAGCAGAAAGCACGAUAUAAUACAAAGUUUUCUAUUGUGACGUCUGCCCAGUCUGAAGAAGAGUCUGGAAACAUGAAUGGGAAAAAAAGAAAUCACACAAAGAGAGCAGAUGACUCUCCAGAGGAUGUCGAUGUUGAAGACGCACCCAGGAAAAGACUUAGGACAGAGAAGCACGGUCUUCGGAAGAGAGAGACAAUCACCGACAAAACGGCCAGAACAAGCUCUUACAAGGCCAUAGAGGCAGCCUCCUCGCUCAAGAGCCAGGCAGCAACGAAAAAUCUGUCUGAUGCUUGCAAACCACUGAAGAAGCGAAAUCGGGCUUCUGCAACAGCAUCUUCAGCACUUGGGUUUAGCAAAAGCUCAUCUCCUUCUGCAUCCUUAACUGAGAAUGAGGUCUCAGACAGCCCAGGAGAUGAACCUUCAGAGUCUCCGUACGAAAGUGCAGAUGAAACACAGACCGAAGCAUCCAUCUCAUCUAAAAAGUCUGAAAGAGGAGUAGCUGCCAAAAAGGAGUAUGUGUGUCAGUUGUGUGAGAAGACAGGCAGUCUCUUGUUGUGUGAGGGCCCCUGUUGUGGAGCAUUCCACCUUGCUUGCCUUGGACUUUCCCGAAGGCCAGAAGGGAGAUUCACCUGCACUGAAUGCGACUCAGGGAGUCACUCAUGCUUCGUGUGUAAAGAAAGCAAGAUGGAGGUAAAGCGCUGUGUGGUAACUCAGUGUGGAAAGUUUUACCAUGAAGCUUGUGUAAAGAAAUACCCUCUCACUGUGUUUGAGAGCCGAGGCUUUCGCUGCCCUCUCCACAGUUGUGUGAGUUGCCAUGCCUCAAACCCUUCAAAUCCACGGCCAUCAAAAGGUAAAAUGAUGAGGUGUGUCCGAUGCCCUGUAGCCUAUCAUGGAGGGGAUGCUUGUCUGGCAGCAGGAUGCACAGUGAUUGCUUCUAACAGCAUAAUCUGCACAGGCCACUUCACUGCCCGGAAAGGGAAGCGCCACCACACCCAUGUCAAUGUGAGCUGGUGCUUCGUCUGCUCCAAAGGGGGAAGCCUUCUGUGCUGUGAGGCCUGCCCAGCAGCCUUUCACCCUGAUUGCCUGAACAUCGACAUGCCCGAUGGCAGCUGGUUCUGCAAUGACUGCCGGGCUGGGAAGAAGCUACACUUUCAAGACAUCAUUUGGGUCAAACUUGGGAACUACAGAUGGUGGCCGGCAGAAGUUUGCCAUCCCAAAAAUGUUCCCCCAAAUAUUCAGAAAAUGAAGCACGAGAUUGGAGAAUUCCCUGUGUUUUUCUUUGGGUCUAAAGAUUAUUACUGGACGCAUCAGGCACGAGUAUUCCCAUACAUGGAGGGGGACCGGGGCAGCCGCUACCAGGGGGUCAGAGGGAUCGGCAGAGUCUUCAAGAACGCACUUCAAGAAGCUGAAGCUCGUUUUAAUGAAAUCAAACUUCAGCGGGAAGCCCGAGAAACACAGGAGAGUGAGAGAAAGCCUCCACCAUACAAGCAUAUCAAGGUGAAUAAGCCUUAUGGUAAAGUCCAGAUCUAUACAGCUGACAUUUCUGAAAUCCCAAAGUGCAACUGUAAGCCUACAGAUGAGAACCCCUGUGGGUCUGAUUCAGAGUGUCUGAACAGGAUGCUCAUGUUUGAGUGCCACCCGCAGGUGUGUCCUGCAGGCGAGUACUGCCAGAACCAGUGUUUCACUAAGCGCCAGUACCCUGAGACCAAGAUCAUCAAGACAGAUGGCAAAGGGUGGGGCCUUGUGGCCAAAAGGGACAUUAGAAAGGGAGAAUUUGUUAAUGAGUACGUUGGUGAGCUGAUUGAUGAAGAGGAGUGUAUGGCAAGAAUCAAAUAUGCACAUGAGAAUGACAUCACUCACUUUUACAUGCUCACCAUAGACAAGGACCGCAUAAUUGAUGCUGGCCCCAAAGGAAAUUAUUCACGGUUCAUGAACCACAGUUGCCAGCCCAACUGUGAGACCCUGAAGUGGACAGUAAAUGGAGACACACGGGUUGGCCUGUUUGCUGUGUGUGACAUUCCUGCAGGGACAGAGCUGACUUUCAACUAUAACCUCGAUUGUUUGGGCAAUGAAAAGACAGUCUGUCGGUGUGGAGCCUCCAACUGUAGUGGGUUCCUUGGAGACAGACCAAAGACCUCAACAUCCCUUUCUUCAGAGGAAAAGGGUAAAAAAGCCAAGAAGAAAACCAGAAGGCGCAGAGCCAAGGGAGAAGGGAAACGACAGUCAGAGGAUGAGUGCUUCCGCUGUGGUGAUGGUGGACAGCUAGUGCUGUGCGACCGCAAGUUCUGCACCAAGGCCUACCACCUGUCCUGCCUGGGCUUGGGCAAGCGGCCCUUUGGGAAGUGGGAAUGUCCUUGGCAUCACUGUGAUGUAUGUGGCAAACCUUCUACCUCAUUUUGCCACCUCUGCCCCAACUCAUUCUGUAAGGAACACCAAGAUGGGACUGCUUUCCAUUCCACCCAGGAUGGGCAAUCCUACUGCUGUGAGCAUGAUUUGAGGGCAGAAUCUGCUAGAAGUACCAAGACUGAAAAACCCUUUCCAGAAUCACUGAAGUCCAUGGAGAAAAGGAAGAGAAGGCAGUGCUGGCGAAGGGUCACAGAAGACAAAUAGCGCUUGGUCAGGUCCAGGGGUGGCAUGGGGCAGCCAACCCUGCCUACAAUGGAAGGCAAGCACUGCACUCGCCCCAGGGACCCAGCUAAUAGUGCUACAUGGACAGGCCUCCUUGGGUGGGAAGGAGCACCUCCUACCACUGAGCCAUCAGCAGCUGUGCUGCGUCUGCACUGAUGCUUGUCAGCUGUGCGCUUGUCGGUCAGUCCAGGACAAACAAGCCUUACUACCACAUUAUCACUGCUACACUUGAAUCUGAGACAUCAAGGUGCCCUCCCGUUUUUAUUUUAGAUUAAAGUUAUGAAUGAAGAUAACUGGCAUGUGAAAUGCUUUUAUCUUACCUGAAACAAAAAGUCGCCAUUAGCUCUAUCCUGAUGGCGCAGGCUUCUCCACAUAUACUGCCUCCCACUCAGGACAGACUGGGACUCAGGCCCUGGGCUCCUUCCAAUCAGGAUUGAUCAUUAUUUUAUCCUUUUGAAACAACCUGUGUUCUAAUGUGAAUUAUUCCUCAAAGUGCAUUGUUUCCACUUUGAGUGGUUGUGGUGUUCAAAGAUUCUUCUCAUGGCUUUCCUUUUUGUGGACUUGACCAGUGGUGGCAGUGUGGCCUGUGGAGCUGCCUUUGUUUUGCCUGUUUUUCUCUGAUGACUUUGACCAACAACAUAUAGGUGAGAUGUAUACUUCUUCACUUAUUGUUUCUGGCAUUUAUUCCCAAUAUACCUUUGCUAAAACUG